AUGCUGCCGCGGGAGGGGGGAGGCCCCGCCGCUGAUGCGCGCAUGGGGCGCGAUUUUCCGCCGCUCUUUCGCCUUCUCACUCGGAAGGAGGGCGUCUCGGCGGAGGCGCUUGGCAGGUGUUGGCGGAGCGGAAACUUGGGGGCUUGGGGCGCGGAAACAACGCAUCCGCUUAGGGAGCCGCGGGGGGUGAUCGUCGGGGGAGGGGGGCCGGCGUGCCGGGAGAGGGGAACGGUGAGCGGGGAGGGGGGGAAUGCGGGUGUGGGGAGGCGCGGAUUGCAGAUAGCGCGGUGGUUGGGGUGGGGCGAGCGGGGGAAGGAGGGAGGCGCGCGCAGCGGUGGUGCGCCCGAGGCGAGGAGGGAGAAGGCGACGAUGGAGCUGCACGGGGAGAGCUGGGUCGAUUGGUACAGUUGGAUGCACGAUGUGGCCUCCCCCCGCAUUCGCCGCCACCUGCAGCACGAGCGCGCCUACCUGCGCGCCCUCAUGCGCACCCGAGCCGGUGGGGGGCGGACGAUGGGGGAGUGGCAGCGCGAGGUGGUGGGGGAGAUGGAGGAGAGCAUGCCGCCGCCCUCGCAUGGGCCUCCUGAACCCUGUGGCCCCUGGCUGUACGGAGCACGGGUGCCAGACGGGCAGGAGCUGCCGGUGCUCUUCCGCUGGCCCGCUGCCAUGCACACGGGGGAGGGGGCGCACACAGCAGAGAGUGAUGGGGGAGGGUGGCAGGGAGGGAGGGGUGAGGGAAGGGCGGAUCGAAUGGGGGAGCAGAUGGGGCAGCAAGGGGUGGCGGGGGAGCAAAGGGCGGAGGAGGGAGGGGUGGAGGAGCGAGGGGAGCAGGUGUUGGCGGAUCUGAACGAGCUGGCAGACUAUUAUGGGUACGUGAGGCUAGUGGAGUGCAAGGUCAGUCGCUGCCACGCCCUCCUCGCACUGCUCCUCGACCUCUCGCCCUCCGAGUCCCCCACGCUCUUCCUCCUCCACCUCCCCUCCUCUCCACCAUCCCUCCACUCCCGACCCCUCUCCUCACACGUGCGCCCUUCCAAGCCCCUCAUCCACUCUCCGCCCUUCGCCGCGCGCCUAUUGUGCACGCCCAUCCCAGCGGUGGCGACGGUGGAUUGGGCGGCAGACUCGCAGCACGUGCUCUAUACCAAGCUGGAUGCCAACCUGCGGUCGCACCGGGUGAUGAGGCGACGCAUACACAUUCCACAGGAAGGAGAGGGAGAGAUAUUGGAGGAGGGUGAGGAGGGCGAGGAGGACGAGGAGGGAGAGGAGGAGGAGGAGGUGUUGCGGAGCGAGGAGGAGGGGGUGGUGGUGGCUGUGUCUCGCACCAAGGACUGGCGUUACCUCACUCUCAACCUCAACACUCGCAGCUCCUCCGAGGUGCAUCUGCUGGACGCGCAGCACCCCACAGCACCCCCUCGGCUGCUGCAGCGGCGGCGGGAGGGCGAGCAGUGGUUCGUGGAGCACCAUGGGGGGUGGCUCUAUGCUCUUUCCACCUUAGAUUUCCUUCCUCUCUCCCUCACGCUCACAAGCACUCCUUUCCCCCCACUGCCUGCCUGUGCUCUGCUACCCUCCUCUGCUCACAUAACCCGCCACAGCGUGGCGAUCAGAAGCCUGGCGAUCAGAGUGAAUGGGUGGGACAUCCAGCCAUCAGACAUUGUCAUAUCAGACAUCGAGAUGCCUGAGGCCGUGUGCGAGGUGCACAUGCCCUCUGGGACCCUCUCAGUGCUGCACCAGGAGCCGUACUGCCGCCACCAACCCCACCAACAGCAGCACCAGGAGCAGCCUGCUAACCAGAAGCAUGAGAGAGUUGAGAAGCAGCAGAAGCAGCAGCAGCCACAGCAGGAGCACUCCCCACCGACCCCACGUCUUCAUCCCCCCAGCCCUCCCCUACCUCUGCCCCUCUUCUGCGUGCCUGGGCUCAUCUGCCAACGCCUCUGGGUACCAUCCCCGGACGGCCCACCCAUACCGCUCACCCUCAUCCACCAUGCCAGCAGGCAGCGCGACAGCGAGGGCGCGGCGCUACUAGAGGGGUACGGCGCGUAUGGGGAGGUGAUGGCAGCGGAGUGGGUGCCCCACCGCCUGCCUCUGCUGCACCGCGGGUGGGUUAUUGCCCUCGCGCACACCAGAGGAGGGGGGGAGCUGGGCCGAGCAUGGCACGAGGCGGGGCGUGGGGAGAGGAAGGGGCGGGCGGUGGGGGAUUUGAGGGCGUGUGGGGAGUAUUUGGUGGGGGAGGGGUGGGCGGGGAGGGGGCGGGUGGCAGCGAGGGGGAGCAGUGCGGGGGGGUUUCUGGUUGCUGCUGCUGUCAACGCUGAUCCCGGUCUCUUCCGAGCGAUUGUGCUGGAUGUGCCAUUCCUGGACGCCCUCACCUCAAUGAGCAACCCCGCCCUGCCACUCACAGCGCUGGACCGCCACGAGUGGGGCGACCCCCUCGCCUGCCCCUCCGCCUUCCGUGCCCUCAGAGCCCUCUGCCCCGUGCUGAACGUGCAACAAGGGGUCAAGUACCCCGCUGCCCUGCUCUCCGCUGCUCUCCACGACUCAAGAGUGGGCCCGUGGGAGGCUUUGAAAUGGGCAGCCAAGGUGAGAGCAGAGAGCGAUUACAGUGAGAGGGAGCGGCCGGUGGUGGUGCGAGUGUGGGGCGACAGAGGGCACGUUGCACCGUGUAGCGGCAGGGAGCAACUGGAGGACGUGGCUUUGGAGCAUGCCUUCCUGCUGCACCACGUUGGGGGGGGGGAGCAAUCAUUGUGA